AUGCAGCUUCUUCAAGCUAAAAGCCUUGUCCAACUAAAAGAAGUAGAAGAAAAUGCAAAAGCUCUGCCAAAAGAGCUCGAUAACAAUGUGAGCAUUCCGGCUAAAGUGAGAGCUGGUGAUAUAGUUCACGAUGACAAUUCGGCUCCCAAAAAGCCCGGCUGUGAGAAUGAUUUUGUGCUGGUAAAAGUUCAAACUUGGGUUGAUGGCAUAGAGGAUGAGGAAUUUGUUGGUGUAGGUGCUAGAUUUGGCACAACCAUAGUAUCAAAGGAGAAAAAUGCGAACCAAACACGCCUUACUCUCUCGGAUCCUCGGGAUUGUUGCAGUUCUCCUAAGAAAAAGUUUGUAAGAGAUGUCAUCAUGGUGGAUCGAGGCAACUGCAAAUUUACAGCGAAGGCAAAUUUUGCAGAAGCGGCUGGUGCUUCAGCUGUCCUCAUUAUAAAUAACCAGAAAGAACUUUACAAGAUGGUUUGUGAUGCUGAUGAAACUGAUCUAGAUAUACACAUACCUGCUGUCAUGCUUCCCCAAGAUGCUGGUGCUACAUUAGAGAAAAUGUUGUCAAAUGGUUCAUCAGUUUCUGUGCAGCUUUACUCUCCGCGUAGACCGGUGGUUGAUAUAGCAGAAGUAUUUUUAUGGCUGAUGGCAGUCGGUACCAUCCUAUGCGCCUCUUAUUGGUCUGCAUGGAGUGCUAGAGAAACAGCCAUUGAACAAGAUAAGUUGUUAAAGGAUGCUUCUGAUGAAAUUCCAAAUUCUAAAAGCCUUGGUGGAGGAAGCAAUGUGGUGGAUAUCAAUAUGAUCUCUGCAGUCUUAUUCGUCGUUGUUGCAUCAUGCUUCUUAAUUUUACUCUACAAAUUAAUGUCGUUCUGGUUCAUUGAACUCUUGGUGGUUCUCUUUUGCAUUGGUGGUGUAGAGGGCUUGCAGACUUGUUUAGUUGCGUUGCUGUCAAGAUGGUUCAAGCGUGUGGGAGAAUCAUUCAUCAAAGUACCUAUCUUUGGAGCUGUCUCGUACCUUACUUUGGCGGUUUCUCCAUUCUGCAUAGCUUUUGCUGUGGUUUGGGCUGUGAAACGCAAUGUCUCUUUUGCUUGGAUUGGUCAAGAUAUUCUUGGAAUUGCGCUGAUAAUUACUGUUCUUCAGAUAGUGCGAAUCCCUAAUCUCAAGGUGGGUACUGUCCUUUUAAGUUGUGCUUUCAUGUAUGAUAUCUUUUGGGUGUUCGUUUCCAAGAAACUGUUCCAUGAAAGCGUGAUGAUAGUGGUGGCUCGUGGUGAUAGAAGUGGCGAGGAUGGUAUACCAAUGCUUCUGAAGAUUCCACGCUUGUUUGAUCCAUGGGGUGGCUACAGUAUCAUAGGCUUCGGUGACAUCCUCUUGCCUGGGCUUCUAGUAGCAUUUUCACUUAGGUAUGAUUGGCUAGCAAACAAGAGUCUACGCGCGGGAUACUUCUUGUGGGCAAUGCUUGCCUAUGGAUUAGGUCUUCUUAUUACAUAUAUAGCGUUGAACUUGAUGGAUGGCCAUGGCCAACCAGCGCUGCUUUACAUUGUCCCUUUUACACUUGGCACGUUUCUGGCACUGGGGAAAAAACGAGGCGAUCUGAAGAUUCUGUGGACGAGAGGGGAACCGGAAAGGUUUUGUUUCAUAAAUCGAUCACAAUUCGAUCCAAUAACAAGGAAAAAAUGUGGAUUUUUGGAAAAAAAAGGGGGGCCAUCAGGAUUCUCAGCGUCCUCAACAGCUGAGGAAGUUACACAAGGAAUUAAUGGCUCUGGCCUCACUGCCAUUAUCUCAGGAGCAUCCAGUGAUAUUGGCACAGAGACUACAGGGAUCCUUGCCUCGCGUGGUGGCGUUCAUGUAAUUAUGGCAGUAUGCAAUAUGGACAGUGGUAGACAAGUUAAAGAAGCUAUAAUUAAGGAAAUCCCGGAUGCUAAAAUUGAUGUUAUGGAGCUAGAUAGUAGUUCUAUGUCGUCUGUUAGGAAAUUUGCAUCAGAAUAUAACUUGUCAGCUCUUCCUCUGAACAUUCUCAUGAUUAUGGCUCCACCUUUCAUGGAAUCUGAAGACAAGAUCGAACUGCAAUUUGCAACUAAUCAUCUAGGGAACUUUCUUUUAACAAAUCUUUUAUUGGACAACAUGAAAAAAAAACUGCUCGUGAGAGUCAGAAAGAAGGAAGGAUUGUCAUUGUUGCAUCAGAGGGUCACCGGCAUACUUGCUUAUGGACAGUCAAAACUAGCUAAUACAUUGCACGCUAAAGAGCUUGCAAGGCGCCUGAAGCUGGAUUGGACAGUUGUUAUGUCGUAUUGCACAGUUUUAAAAUAUUCCACAGGGAGCAGCAACAUCAUGCUAUGUUGCGUUGCAUCCAAAGGUGAAGGGAGUGAGUGGUGA